CCCGUUUGACGCAGAAGCGCCGGACGGAGGCACGUGCGGCAAGGGCUCCGUCCUCCUCCUCCUGGCGGGGAAAGGCGAUGGCUUCCCGGCGGAGACGCGGGGCUCCUUCCCUUCCUGUGCCGCCUUCCCUCCUCGGCGCCCUCCUCGGCGGGACCUUGUCUUGCUCUUCCUCCUCCUGAAGGCGGCAUGGAGCGGGGCCUCUUCUGCCGGGCCCUCUACUGGCUCCUCCUGCCCCUCGCCCUCCUCGCCGCGUGCCUCUUCCGGUUCAACGCCCUCUCCUUAGUCUACCUUCUCUACCUGCUUCUCUUGCCGUGGUUCCUGGGUCCCACGGAACAGACUAUAAAAGGUCACACGGGCCGCCUCCUCCGAGCCCUUUUGGCCACCAGCAUCCUCUUCCUGCUUGCCCACUUGGCCUUCCAGAUAUGCCUCUAUACGGUGCCCGGCUUGGACCAGCGGCUGGGAUACAACUGCAGCACAUGGGAAACCCUCGCUCAGCACAUCGGGGUCACAAGGCUGGACCUGAACGACAUCCCCAACUCGGUGCGGCUGGUGGCCCCCGACGUGGGCAUCCUGCUGGUCUCGGCCAUUUGCCUCGGCGUCUGCGGCCGCCUGGUGCCAUCGCGCAAACCGGGACCCGGGAGCAGCCGGCGGCCCGUCUCUCAGCAGCUGCAGGAACAGGAAGAAGCAGCGGUGGAUGAGGAGCCGGCGAAAGGCCGAGACCUUUCCGACGUUGCUGCUGAAGUCUCUCGGAGGCGGCAUGCGCCUCUGUCCGCCCGGCUCCGGGUCAAGGCCCAUUGGCUACUGAUGGCCAUGGGCAAGAUCCUGGCCGUCGCCUUGCUGGCCUUGGCGGGGAUCACCCUGCCCUCGGCCUUCUCCGCCGUCUACUACCUGCUCUUUGUGGGCCUCUGCACGUGGUGGGCCUGCCACUUCCCCGCCAGCCGCGCGGCCUUCAGCGCCUUGUGCGUCAUGGUCGACGUCUUUGCCGGCGGCCACCUCGUCUGCCUCUACGGCUACCAGACCCCCUUCAUGCAGACCCUGCUCCCGCCCGCUGGACUCUGGGCACGGUUGUUUGGUCUGAAGGCCAUCGUCCUGCAUGCGGGAUGCAGCAAACCCAAUGCGCUCCUCCUGGACCUCAGCUUGCCUUGGCCGGUCUAUGUUAACCCUGGGAUCCUGUUGCUGCUCUACUAUGUUCUGGCCACUUUGGUGAAACUCCGGAGGUCCCAUUCCUACGACCGGCGACGGGAUACCGAAAGCUCAUCCUCCGAACUGAUGGAGCUGGAGAACUGGUCCCUGGAACAAGAGGCCGGGGCUGGAGACGCAACGCCCAUGUUGGUUUCCGAGACAGAGGCUUCGGGCAAUGAUGCCGAGAAUUGCACCGUGCAUACGCUUGAGGAGCCUGAGCCGCUUGCCAACAAGAGACGGAAACGGCAGAAGGAGAAGCUGCAUUUGCUGCAUUCGUUGGGCCACAUCGUCAUGGACCAGAGCUACGUCUGUGCUCUCAUUGCCAUGAUGGUGUGGAGCAUCACCUACCACAGCUGGCUGACCUUUGUGCUGCUGCUCUGGGCCUGUCUCAUCUGGAUUGUGCGCAACCGGCACCAGCUGGCCAUGCUCUGCUCGCCCUUCAUCCUCCUCUACGGGGUGGCCCUUUGCAGCCUCCAGUACGUCUGGGGCAUGGACCUGGAGGCCGAGCUGCCCACACGCGUGGGGUUCAUGCCCCUCCAGCAGCUGGGCCUCCGCACGCCCCUCCGACCCUGCCUCGACCUGGGCGCCAAGCUCCUUUACACUCUGACUUUCUGGCUCCUGGUGCGGCAAUUUGUGAAGGAGAAGCUGCUAAAAAAGAAGCAACCCGUGGCGCCCUUGAAGGAGGUCACCGUUACGGACUCAGGGGCCAUCCCCAAGCGGGACGUGCUGAAGACCCUGGGGGCCUACGUGACGGGCUUCUUCGCCAAGUUCUGGAUCCUGGUUUGUGCCGGCAUGUUCAUCGUGGUCACCUUUGCCGGCCGGUUGGUGGUCUACAAGAUCGUCUACAUGUUCCUCUUUCUGCUGAGCCUCACCCUCUUCCAGGUUUACUACAGCCUUUGGAGGAAACUCUUGAAGGCCUUCUGGUGGCUGGUGGUGGCCUACACCAUGUUGGUGCUCAUUGCGGUCUACACCUUCCAGUUUGAGGACUUCCCCAUGUACUGGCGGAACUUCACGGGGCUGACGGACGAACAAUUGGGAGACCUGGGUCUGGAGCAAUUCAGCGUCUCCGAACUCUUCUCCAGCAUCUUCAUCCCGGGCUUCUUCCUCCUGGCCUGCAUCCUGCAGCUGCAUUAUUUCCACCGCCAGUUCAUGCGUGUCACGGAUCUGGAGCACGUCCUUGCGCCGCGACACCGUGCAUUGGGUGAGGAAGAGUUGAGCGGAAGCCGGGUUCUGCUCCAUUCGGAAGACGGAGAUGAAGCCGGAGACGGAGAGGCCAGGGAUGAAGUUCAGGAUGAGUCUGGAGAGGCUGUGCCCAGUAAGUGGGGCCUGGUGCUGGAGCGCCUGAUGGUCCUGGGAGGGACCUUUUUGGACGUUUUGGGCCGACUCCGGGUCUUCGUCCUGCGCCUCCUCGAACUCCACGUCCUGAAGCUGGUGGUGCUUUACGUCAUUUGGGUGUCUUUGCAGGAGGUGUCGACGAUGAACCUCCUGCUGGUGGUGCUUUGGGCGAUUGCCGUCCCGUACAGCAGCUUCUCCCACAUGGCCUCCUGCCUCUCCACCGUCUGGGUUUGCAUCAUCAUCGUCUGCAAGAUGCUCUACCAGCUGAACGUGGUCAACCCACAAGACUACUACAUAAACUGUACCAAGCCUCUGCUGAACAGCACCAAUCUUUUGCCGGAGGAGAUUGGCAACUCCACGCUUUACAAGGGCCCCAUCGAUCCGGCCAAUUGGUUUGGCAUCCGGAAGCGCUUCCCCAACCUGGGUUAUAUCCAGAACCAUUUGCAGGUACUGGUGCUACUGGUUUUCGAGGCCGUUGUCUACCGGUGCCAGGAAUAUUACCGCAAACAGCACCAGUUGGUGCCGCCCCCGACCCAGGCCGUCUUUGAGGACGGAAAUCGCCAGAAUCUGGACCAAGGCCUGCGCUACUGCGUCAAGUACUUUGUCAACUACUUCUACUACAAAUUUGGGCUGGAGAUCUGCUUCCUGAUGACGGUCAACGUGAUCGGUCAGCGCAUGAACUUCAUGGUCAUCUUCCACGGCUGUUGGCUGGUGGUCAUCUUGACCCGGCGCCGGCGCCAGGCCAUUGCCCGUCUCUGGCCCAAGUACUGCCUCUUCCUGGCCUUCUUCCUCAUCUUCCAGUAUCUCCUCUGCGUUGGCAUCCCUCCGGGCCUCUGCGAAGACUAUCCUUGGCGAUGGAGCCACGCCAUUCCCAUCAACUCCGUCCUCAUCAAGUGGAUGUAUUUACCCGACUUCUUCAUGAAACCCAAUUCCAUCAAUUUAAUGAGCGACUUCUUGCUCCUUCUCGGUGCCUCCCAGCAGUGGAAGGUUUUUGUCAACGAACAGACGGACGAAUGGAAGCGCCUGGCCGGAGAUAACCGGGAACAUCUGGAAGGGCUGCGCGGGGAACCCAACCCAGUGCCCAACUUUGUCAAUUGCAGGUCCUACCUGGACAUGCUCAAGCUCUGCGUCUUCCGCUACCUCUUCUGGUUCGUGCUGGUGAUCGUCUUUGUGGCCGGCGCCAACCGCAUCAGCGUCUUCGGCCUGGGCUACCUGACGGCCUGCUUCUACCUGCUGCUCUUUGGGACGGCCCUGCUCCGGAAGCCCCUCCGCGCCCGGCUCCUGCUCUGGGACUGCCUCAUCAUCUACAACGUCACCGUCAUCAUCGUCAAGAACCUGCUCGCGCUCCUGUCCUGCGUCUUUGUCCAGCAAAUGCAGAACAACUUUUGCUGGGUGAUCCAGCUCUUCAGCUUGGCCUGCACCGUCAAGGGCUAUUACGACCCCAAGGAUCUGAACAAGAACCAGGACUGUGCGCUGCCCGUGGAAGAAGCCGGCAUCAUCUGGGACAGCAUUUGCUUCUUCUUCCUGCUCCUCCAGCGCAGGGUCUUCCUCAGCUACUAUUUCCUGCACGUUGCGGCCGACCUCCAGGCCUCGGCUUUGCAAGCAUCCAGGGGCUUUGCCCUUUACAAGGCCAGGAUGAUCAAGUGGAUGAGCUCCCGUCACCAGGCGGAGAAGAAAUCCUUGGACCAACUCAAGCGGCAGAUGGAGCGGAUCCGGGCCAAGCAGGAGAAGUACCACCAAGGACAACUGGCGGCAGAAGAGACCCCGGAGACGGACCAAACAGAAACGGGCUCCAAAAAGGACCAGAGGAAGCAGUGGUGGCGCCCGUGGCUUGACCACGCCGCAGAAGGAGAACCACGCGGCUCAGAGAUGCCUCCUUCUGCUAAGUUGGAUAGAAGAACGAUAGGAAGCAGGGGGCAUUAUAGUGUGUUGCACUCGGGGGAUUAUUUCCUCUUUGAGACGGACAGCGAGGAAGACGAGGAGUCGGUCCUGGAUGACCAGAAGCCGCCCAAGCAGAGUGCCUUCCAGCUGGCCUAUCAGGCCUGGGUGACCAACACCAAGUCAGCGCUGCACGAACGGGAGAAGCAAGAGAAGGAGAAGGAGCAGGAGGCCGUGGAGGAGGCCAAAGGGGAGGACAGCAAAGGAGGUGUCCGGCGUGGCCCAUUGAAGGACAGGACCAGCAGCCAAGAAGAGGAAGAAGAAGAAGAGGGAGAACAGGAUGAAGAAGAGGAAGAAGCAUCUCCAGGGAAGAGCAACGUGCUGCAGCGGGUGCUCAACACGCUCCGCUUCCUGUGGGUGCUGUGCCAGGCCACCAUGGAUGGACUCACCCAGUGGCUGCGGGCCCUGACUAAGGAGCAUGAGGAGUUGUCCACCGUCUUGGGGCUGGAGAGAUACGUCCUCACCCAACAGUUGGAUCAGGCAGAGGAGGUUCAGAGGAGCGGCCUGGACAGAUUGUAUCAACCGGCAGCGGCAGACCAGGCCUCCUUGGACACCGCACUGCCGGGUACAGUGGCAGGUUCUCCCGACAGCACAGCUUCCAGUGCGGGCGAAGCUGUGGAAGUGCUUAGCACCGACACCACCGGUUACGAGACUCGAAGCAACAGCAACGAGCGAAGCCCUGAGUUCGAGUCCCAGGACGGCAUGAUGCUCCUCCUUCCCAGCAGCUCCCAAGAACUCCUGGCCGACUCCGCGACCCGGCCCCGAACGGCCAGCGAGUUGCUGCAGAGCAGGCACGUCUCCUUCAAAGAGCUUGAGGAGUCGGAGCGUUUCUACCAAUCCCGCAACCGCCUGGUCCGGCUCCUGCUGGCCGGCUACCACUUUGUGGCUGGCCACUCGGACCUCCUGUGCUACUUCAUCAUCAUCCUCAACAACAUGGUGACGGCCUCGGUGGUCUCGGUGGUGCUGCCCAUCCUGGUCUUCUUGUGGGCCAUGCUCUCCAUCCCCAGGCCCAGCAAGCGCUUCUGGAUGACGGCCAUCGUCUACACGGAGGUGAUGGUGGUGGUCAAGUAUCUCUUCCAGUUCGGCUUCUUCCCGUGGAACAGCUACAGCAUCUUGGUGCGCAACGACGCCAAGGCCUUUUUCCCACCCAGAAUCCUUGGCGUGGAGAAGACCGACAACUACAUCAAGUACGACCUGAUCCAGCUGAUGGCCCUCUUCUUCCACCGCUCCUUACUCCUGAGCUAUGGUUUGUGGGACCACGAGGAAGAUGUCUUGGCCAAACCUCUGCCCGAAGCAGGAGAGCCACCGGUGUCAGUGCCAAGCGGAGAAGGAUCCGGAGCAGAAACCGAUGCCCAAGUCCCACCUGGCAAGACGGAAGCAGCGGCGGUUCCAGAGGCAGAGACGUCGAAAGGGAUCCGGUCACGAUUCAGGAAGAAAAAGAAGGAGAAGAAAGAGAAAGAGAAGAGCAGGGUGGUGGAGGAAGACGUGACGGAAGCUUCAGAAGAGCAAGAAAAGAAAGACGAGAUGGAGGAGGGAGAGGAGAAGAGGUCGAGCCCUUCCCAGGAAAAGCUGAAGGCUGCCGGACGGAGAGCAAAGCACUUCUUUGCCUCUGCGGCAGGAUGUGUCUUCCAACCAUUGCGGCAGUUUUUCCGGGACAUUUUGCACAGCAAAUACCGGGCUGCCACAGACGUCUAUGCACUCAUGUUCCUGGCCGAUGUGGUCGACUUCAUCAUCAUCAUCUUUGGUUUCUGGGCUUUUGGGAAACAUUCGGCCGCGGCGGACAUCGCCUCCUCGCUUUCGGAGGACCAGGUCCCGCAGGCCUUCCUGGUGAUGCUGCUCAUCCAGUUCUCCACCAUGGUCAUCGACCGGGCCCUCUACCUCCGCAAGAGCGUCCUGGGCAAGCUCGCCUUCCAGGUCUUCUUGGUCUUCGGCAUCCACGUCUGGAUGUUCUUCAUCCUGCCGGCCGUCACCGACAGGAUGUUUAACAUGAACACCGUGGCCCAGCUGUGGUACUUUGUGAAGUGCAUCUACUUUGCGCUGUCGGCCUAUCAGAUCCGCUGCGGCUACCCCACACGCAUCCUGGGCAACUUCCUCACCAAGAAGUACAACCACCUCAACCUCUUCCUCUUCCAAGGUUUCCGCUUGGUGCCUUUCCUGGUGGAGCUGCGGGCCGUCAUGGACUGGGUCUGGACCGACACCACUUUGUCCCUCUCGAACUGGAUGUGCGUGGAAGACAUCUACGCCAACAUCUUCAUCAUCAAGUGCAGCCGCGAGACAGAGAAGAAAUACCCGCAGCCCAAGGGCCAGAAGAAGAAGAAGAUUGUCAAGUACGGCAUGGGCGGCCUCAUCAUCCUCUUCCUCAUCUGCAUCAUCUGGUUCCCGCUGCUCUUCAUGUCGCUGGUGCGCUCCGUGGUCGGCGUGGUCAACCACCCCAUUGACGUCACCAUCACCCUCAAACUGGGGGGCUACGAGCCCUUGUUUACCAUGAGUGCCCAGCAGCAGUCGAUUGUACCUUUCACCCCAAAGGACUACGAAGCUUUGACGGACAAGUUUGUGCGGCAACCGCUGGCCAUGCAGUUCAUCACCCUCUACGGCUACGAGGACAUUGUGACGGCGCGCAUCGAGGGCAAUUCGGGCUCGUUGUGGAGCAUCAGCCCUCCCAGCCGGGAGCAGCUCAGGCAGGAGCUGCAGAACGGCUCUUCGGACAUCACGUUGCGCUUUACAUGGAAUUUCCAAAGGGACCUGGGCAAAGGCGGGACGGUGGAGUACACCUCGGAGAAGCACACCAUGGAUCUGAACCAAAGCAGCGCCGUGCGCAGGAGCCUGGCUGGGCUGCUGGAAGGCACCCACAAUGCCUCUGUGAGGGUCCCGCACCUCUUCCCUCCCUACAUCCGCGCCCCAAACGGCCCUGAAGCCAAUCCAGUUGAGCAGCUGCUACCAGAUGAAGAGGACAGUUAUCUAGACGUCGCGGUGCAGCUAAGGCGGCAACGGAUCGGAGCCGGGAACGCGAGCGCCAGCUUUGUCGAGUGGUGGGUCAUCCAGCUGGCCGACUGCCAGCACGACUGCGACAUCCUCCCGAUGCUCAUCUUCAACGACAAAGUCAGUCCACCGAGUCUGGGCUUCCUGGCAGGAUACGGGAUCAUGGGCCUCUACGUCUCCAUCGUGCUGGUGAUUGGGAAGUUCGUGCGGGGCUUCUUCAGCGAGAUCUCGCACUCCAUCAUGUUCGAGGAGCUGCCCUGCGUCGACCGCAUCCUCAAGCUGUGCCACGACAUCUUCCUGGUCCGCGAGACAGGAGAACUCGAGCUGGAGGAGGAACUCUACGCCAAGCUCAUCUUCCUCUACCGCUCGCCAGAGACCAUGAUCAAGUGGACGAGGGAGAAGGAGUGACGGGGAGGGAACCAAGCGAUCCAAAACCUACAAAGGGCGGUGCUACCAAACCCAAUAAGGACCUGGUGAGAUUGCAGAGCCAAUCUGUUUAGGAUGAUCUCCUAGGAGCUGCUGGACUUAGGACUUUUCCUUGGAAAGGAUGGAAACAGACACUUCCCUCCCUUGCAGUCCAAAGGCCUCGCUUGCUUCCUCCCCAAAGCACAAGAAGGCUAUGGUUUGGAGUUCCUUCCCGCGGGACAUUGGUUCGAAGCCCCAGUGCCUUUGCACAGCAAUAAUGAACCCCCGCCCCAUUCCCCGAUGCCAAGGGUGCAGGAUUUCUGCCUCCACACUUCCUCUUCCGAUGCUGCCACACACACACACAAAACACUCCCUGCUAUACUGUACUUUCCUCCGCUGCCUUGCCAUUUGGGUGCCACGGUUUAGGCCCCGCUCAAGUGCCAAACCACAGGGCAGGAAAAGAGGGCGGUUGGAUUCUAUAGACUUUUCUAAAAGAAGUGGUUUUAUUUAUACAGAUCUCUAUGAUAAUAAUAAUGAAAAUAAAUAAAAAAAGCUGUGAUUACAAACGA